AUGGCCGCUCGCCUCCUCCGUCGCUCAAAGUCGCGAUUGUCUCAACGUCUCUCCGUCCCGCUAUGUCGUGCUCAGUCGUUCACUUGCCCGUCCAUUGCAACCACUCAAAGCUCUUUCCUCACCCCGCCCCAUCGCCGUCAUCUGUAUACCACCAAGUGGCUCCAGACACACACAAAAAAUGGCGAUCCGCCGGCACCACCCAAGCCAACAACAAACUAUAGUAUCGAAAAACACACGUGGGCCGAGCGCUACAGUCCCACGUGGAUGCUGCCGUACAUCCAACUCGCCCGCCUCAAUCGUCCAGCAGGGACGUUCAUGCUCUUGUGGCCAUGCUGCUGGAGCCUCGCACUCGCUGCUCCUGCUGGUCACCUUCCCGAUCUCAAGCUCUUGACGCUCUUUGCAACAGGAGCUCUGGUCAUGCGGAGUGCAGGCUGCACGAUCAACGACAUGUGGGACAAGGACUUUGACAAGCUGGUGGAGCGCACCAAUCAGCGGCCACUUGCAGCGGGGAAGCUCACGGACGCACAGGCGUGGACGUUCCUUGCUGCCCAAUUAUCGGCGGGGUUGGCUGUUCUGCUGCAGCUUAAUGGCUACAGUGUCGUUAUGGGCGCUUCUUCCCUUGCACUGGUGGCUGCCUACCCGGUGAUGAAGCGGUGGACCUAUUGGCCACAAGCUUUCUUGGGCUUAACUUUUAAUUACGGGGCUCUCUUGGGCUGGGCUGCAGUGCACGGGUCAUGUGCAUGGCCAGUCGUACUGCCACUCUAUGCGGGCGGUGUGGCCUGGACGUUGGUAUACGACACCCUCUACGCCCACCAGGACAAGAAAGACGAUAUCAAGAUUGGGGUCCGCUCGACCGCGCUGCUCUUUGGUGAUCACACGAAACCAGUGCUGAAUGCGUUUUCUGCUGCUGCCAUUGCUGGAUUUGGCACUGCAGGGUACAUGGCCGGCCUUGAUUGGCCUUUCUACCUGGGGCUUACUGCCGGAGCAGCGCACUUGGUCUGGCAAGUGAACACAGCCGAUCUCGACGACACACUGAGUUUGCAAGCGCGUUUUGCGUCAAACAAAUGGUUUGGAGCGCUCGUAUUUGCUUCCAUUGUGACAGGCAAGGUCUUGUGA